AUGGGUGUGGGACGUGUACCUGCUGGGUAUCAGCGCCUACCGCUCUCGUAUGCUGGGCAGGUGGCCCUUCCACUUACCAUUGCGCAUCAAUGUGGACAAGUAUUCAGAUGGAGACAAGUUGCGUGGCUGGAUCCUGUGAGUGAUGAAAUCGAGGCAGAAUGGUCGCUGUGUUUAGCCAACCGCGUUAUAUUGCUGCGCCACGAUGCCGUCACCAAUGCCCUCCUCUAUCGCAUCUUGUAUCCCACAGAGAAGAAAGAGCAUGACACUGAAUCGUGGUUACGUGAUUAUUUUAACCUGGACGUGCCUCUCGACGCAUGGUUCCAAGAGUGGUGUGCAAGAGACCCCAUUUUUGCCAAGCACGCCAACCGAUUCAAUGGUACAACCAUUUUGCGCCAAGACCCUUGGGAGUGCUUGUGCGCAUUUAUUUGCAGCUCAAAUAACAAUAUUCCCCGUAUCAGCCAGAUGGUCCACAAGUUGUGCGAACACUUUUCGGAACCCCUGCUUUCACACACUUACCCCGAGGGAGCGCGAUUAUGUACGACAUUUCAUCCAAAGAAGCAAGACUUCUCCGAUGUGGCUGAUAAACCUCUUACCAUCACGUAUCGACCUUUUCCUCCGCCUACGACACUUGCGCAACCUGAUGUCGAGUCCAAGCUGCGUGCUUUAGGAUUCGGGUACCGGGCCAAAUUUUUGACCCGCACAGCUCAGGCUCUUUGCGAGAAAGUGCAGUGCGGAUCGGAUGCAAAGCCUGCAGAUAUUAAUGAGGCUGUAUAUAAGCACUUACUAUCUCUUCGCUCGCAAACCUACGAAGAUGCUCGGUCUGAGCUCAUGACGCUUCCAGGCAUUGGACCCAAAGUUGCUGAUUGCAUUCUUUUAAUGUCGUUGGACCAGGCUUCAAGCAUACCUGUUGAUCGACACGUGUUCAAUUUUGCCGAUCGUUGGUACCACAUUCGCUCUAAACGAUAUGAGGAUGUGGCAGAGAAACUUCGAGCUAUCUGGGGGGAACGUGCUGGAUGGGCUCACACGGUUCUCUUUUAUGCAGAUUUACGCUCUCUCGAACAGUACCAGCCCGUCCUCCAAGACCAUGCCCCCGAUGCCAAACUCACAGGCAUCAAGCGUGCACGCUCCUCCUCCCCCUUGUGUACAUAG